AUGGAUGCUUUCAACCUUUCUGCCAGCAGUUCUGCGCAGUCUGCUACACCUCCCAAUCACGCUGAACGUGAUACGCCUACGCCGCUUCCAAUUUCCAAGCAUCCAACGAUACAAGAAAUCGCAAAGCUGAUAGAUAAUGACCAGGCCUUCGAGAAUACCUCUACAUCUGUAGCUGCGAGCCAAAUGCGAAAUGCCCUCAACAACCUCGCCGACACGGUUGAAGAUCCCACCGAGAAGAAGCUCUUCGAGACGGAAAUGGACAACUUUUUUGCGCUUUUCCGCAGAUACCUGAACGACAAAGCGAAGGGAAACCAACUUGACUGGGAUCGUAUUGCACCACCAGCAACGAACCAAGUGGUUGAUUACAACGAGCUGGCCAACUCCGAGUCUGUUUCUUUCCUGAACAAACUCGCUGUUCUCAAGCUCAACGGUGGUCUCGGUACCUCCAUGGGAUGCGUUGGACCCAAGUCUGUCAUCGAAGUUCGUGAUGGCAUGUCUUUCCUCGACCUUUCCGUCCGACAGAUCGAAUACCUCAACCGAACUUAUGAUGUCAACGUUCCCUUCGUUCUCAUGAACUCUUUCAACACAGACGAUGAUACCCAGAACAUCAUCAAGAAAUACGAGGGCCACAACAUUGAUAUUAUGACCUUCAACCAAUCCCGAUACCCUAGAAUUUUGAAAGACUCUCUGCUCCCAGCGCCAAAGACAUUCAACUCUCCAAUCUCUGACUGGUACCCUCCUGGACAUGGAGAUGUCUUUGAGUCCCUCUAUAAUUCGGGCAUUCUCGAAAAGCUCAUUGACCGAGGUGUUGAGAUUCUCUUCCUUUCCAACGUGGACAACUUGGGCGCGGUUGUCGAUCUCCGUAUUCUCCAGCAUAUGGUCGAGACUAAGGCGGAAUAUAUUAUGGAAUUGACCGACAAGACCAAGGCCGAUGUCAAGGGUGGAACCAUCAUUGACUACGAAGGAUCUGUCCGUCUUCUCGAAAUCGCUCAAGUGCCAAAAGAGCACACCAACGAAUUCAAGUCCAUCAAGAAGUUCAAGUACUUCAACACCAACAACAUUUGGUUGAACCUGAAGGCUGUCAAGCGUAUCGUUGAGAACAAUGAGCUCGAGAUGGAGAUUAUUCCUAACAACAAGACUAUCCCAGCUGACAAGAAGGGCGAGUCAGAUGUCUCUAUUGUCCAACUUGAGACCGCCGUCGGAGCUGCUAUACGUCAUUUCCACAAUGCUCAUGGUGUCAAUGUUCCCAGAAGACGUUUCUUGCCAGUCAAGACUUGCUCUGACCUGAUGCUUGUCAAGUCGGAUCUGUACUCGCUGAAGCACGGUCAAUUACAAAUUGACCCCAACCGUUUCGGCCCAGCUCCUCUCAUCAAGCUUGGCAAUGACUUCAAGAAGGUCUCGGACUUCCAAAAGCGUAUUGGUAGUAUUCCCAAGAUCAUCGAGCUUGACCACUUGACCAUCACUGGUGCAGUCAAUCUGGGCCGAGGAGUCACUCUCAAAGGUACGGUUAUCAUUGUAGCAACAGAAGGCAGCACGAUUGACGUCCCUCCCGGAUCGAUUCUGGAGAAUGUCGUGGUUCAAGGUUCCUUGAGACUGUUGGAGCAUUAG